UAUUCAUACGGUCCCAGACCGCAUCCACCGCCCAAUAGGCAGGGCCUCUUGCCCGGCUUACGCCCGCGGCUCCGCGCAGAGGGGCGCAUCGAGGGCACACGGCGACAAAACCUGGACGUGCCUCCGCCUGCCACCCGUCCCUCGUCAACCAUAUCUCAUAUCUCUCCCUCGUUUGCUCCGCUUCCCUAAGAAUUCUUAUCUCGUAUAAUCCCCUCACACAGAUACUCUCUCCUUCCACCCUCACCCAACUCAAACCCAAACCCUAACCGGAAAGCAGAGAAAGAUGGCAGCAGCAGCAGCCUCCCUGACCUGCGCCGGCGCCGCCUUCGCCGCGAAGCUCCUUGCCCCGGUUUCCACCGCUCGCCUCCGCCCCAUCUCCAACGCCCGCAUCCCUCGCCUCAUCUCCUUCCCUCCGCCCCUCCGCUUCCGUCACCACCCGAUCAGGCGGAUCUCCGCCUCCACCGCCGCCCCUGCCGCGACGACCACCAUCGCCGUCGGGGACAAGCUCCCGGACGCCACCCUCGCCUACUUCGACCCCGCCGGGGAGCUCCAGACUGUGACCGUCUCGGAGCUUACCAAGGGCAAGAAGACCAUCCUCUUCGGUGUGCCAGGGGCCUUCACCCCGACCUGCUCACAGAAGCACCUUCCCGGAUUCGUGGAGAAGGCUGGCGAGCUCAAGGCGAAGGGCGUUGACACCAUCGCCUGCGUCUCCGUCAACGAUGCCUUCGUGAUGCGGGCCUGGAAGGAGAACCUCUCGGUCGGGGACGAGGUUCUGCUGCUCGCCGACGGCAACGGGGAGUUUACGCGCGCCCUCGGCGUGGAGCUGGACCUCCGGGACAAGCCCGUCGGCCUGGGCGUCCGCUCCCGGCGGUACGCGAUGCUGGCCGAGGACGGGGUCGUCAAGGUCCUCAACUUGGAGGAGGGCGGGGCUUUCACCUUCAGCAGCGCCGAAGACAUGCUCAAGGCCCUCUGAGAGAAUGCUCCUCCAUCCUCUCCCUUCACCGUUUUUCUUUCUCGCUAUCUUCUCCGCAGGUCGGUGGUUCUUUGGUUGUUUUCUUGUUCUUUUUUACCCGCGGUUCCUCUACUCUCUGUUCUCUCUCUUUCGAUCAGCUCUAUGCUUCUGGUGAAUUCGGAUGUUCUGUUAUCUAUCUAGUAUAAUUUGGCCUGUUUCUGGACGUUCGAAUGGUGAUUUGGUUGUUCUCAAACAUAUUUCUUUGAUAUUUAAUAUACUAUUUGUUGGGCUCCA